CCCUACUGCUCGUUCGCCAGUUCCGGUCACGUUGCUGGGUGUUUACGCCUGGAGGCAGCCCGGGACCCCCCUUCGGCGCCCCAGAGCCCCCGGAGCCCCGACCCCACCGCCCCGCAGCCUCGAAGCAGCUGAUGGCGCCGCAGCCCGGGCGGGCGCUGCGGAACCCGGGGCGCAGCUAGCGUGGGGAAGAAGAGCUCCUCCCCGCACCCAGCCCGCGGACCCGGGCUCCUCUGGCCUGUCGCUCCCGCAGGUCCUGAAGGUGAGUCCCAGGCCUGGGUUGCCAUGGAUACCGUGUCCCUAGAGCAUCAGAUCCAGAGCGUGCAACGCCACAUCAGCUUCCUGAAAAAAGAGCAGAUGGCCCUGCUGCGAGACCUGCACCUGGAAAUCCUGAGGCUGCAGAAACGCUGCUCAGAACUGACCCGUGACCUGGAGAUGAGAGAGGCCCAAUCUCACCAGCAAGAGGAGGCGUCCCGGGAGCUGGAGAGCAAGUGCCGCGCGCUGGAGUCGCAGCUGGCGGCGCGGGCGGCGGCCAACUCCGAGCUGCGGCGGGAGGUGGCGCAGCGCGAGGCGCUGGUGUCGGCGCUGCGCUGCAGCCUGCGCGCCGAGGAGCGCCGCUUCCUGGAGGAGCUGCGCCGCCGCAGCCACCGCGCCACCGUGCUGGGCACCGAGCUGCAGAAGCACACCGAGGCGGCCGCCUACCUCUCCUGCCAGCUGCACGCGGCGCGCCAGAGACUGCAGACCCCGCGCCCCGGCCCGGGCGCCGCCGCCGAGCCCCGGCCCCGCCGGCGCGCACAGCGGGCUCGCCGCCCGCCGGCCACGGAGGCCGCCGCCAAGGGCCCCGGCCGGGACUGGGCCGCCUGGGACCGCGCGGCCUGCGCCCUGGACGACGCCGAGCCCAUGCCCGACCCAGCGCUCUUCCUCUGUGCCCGGAGGCCCCCGCGGCCCAGCGGCCGCAGCCCGCGCCAGCCGCCUCCCCUGGAGCCCCCGGACCUAGCCUACCCGCCCGCUGCGCCCAGUGCGCCCGGGGCCCCGGAGUAGGCGCGGGGUAGGCGGGGCGUCGGGGAGGGAGGGCGGGAGGCCGGCCCCCGGCUAGAAACUCGGCCCCGGCUAGAAACGCGGUCCGGGGGCUGGGAAGGGCGAGGAAGCCGGUCCGGUUCCAGGGAUCCAGCUGAGGCAGCCCCGCUCCCUCCAUCCCUUCCAACCGCCCCGCCUUUUGUAUUUCCCAACGUUUCCGAAGCUUCGAGCUCCCCCCUCCCGCGAAGGAGUUCCUCCGCGGGGCUCAGCGAGCGCGCCCUCUCUGUACAGGACUCGCAAUAUUGCUCCUCCUCUGGUCCCCACCCUGCCGCUGGGAGGGGAGGGGGCGAGGGUCACCCCGUCCCGGAAAGCUGACAAUCGUUUGGCCCCGGGGGAAGGCUGGGCUGGUCUAUGUAAGGAACCCGAGUGGCACUUAUCACCCCUAUGCCUUCCAGCUCCAUCCUCCCCACCCCGCGGCCUCCCCAGCCCCGCACGGCUGUCCUUCCCUCCAAGCCUUCCAACUAGGAGAGGCUCGGGUUCAGGGGCUACCGGCUGGACCUUUUCCUCGGAGCCGCUUCUCCUCCCCGAUCCCGCUGGUAGGUCCGUACAGGUGAGCACCUAACGCUUUAGAAGACACCUCCUCCCAGAGUCUCUGGUGGGGACGCAUGGCCGAGGGAAGUUUGCACUUCUGGCAGGCGGCACCCACAGACCCUUAGGAUUAGGAUGGGUUUGGCGGCAGAGCCCCGUCUAGCGCUGUCUCCAGCGUGGUCCUCCACAGGAUGCCCACUGAGGGGUGUAGACUGGGGGCUGCCCUGGGGAAGCCAGGGACAGCCAGACCUAUGGAGGGGCAGAAACUGCCUUCAGGAGGUAGCUGGGGACCUGAGGCGCCCUGGGCCCUGGGAGGUUCCUGGUCCUGUUUAUUGGUGCUAAUUUUGCCCAGCUUCUUGGAAGUGGCAGUUGAUAGAUGUUUGGGUUUGCUGGGGAGGAAGUCCCCAGCCGGCCCCUCCAGGGAGGCCUCCAGUGCUAUCAGACCUGGCCGUGGUGUGGCGUCAGGGACCUUCUGUCUAGGGUGCGGAGUGGCGCCAUAGAGAGUGGAAUGCCCCACCUGCUCCCUGCCUUUCUCCCCUGCCCGCUCUCAAGACCAAAGGCAGUUUCCAGCCCAGCUCGUUGCUCUCACCCCAAGCCCAGCCUGGAAAGAAAAACCUCUAGAGCCACCACCCCAAGCCAUCCUUCCUCUGUCCUGGGUCCUAAGUGCCUGUGAGGUCUUCCGGGGACUGCAGAGGGGGGCGCAUGUGGCAGAGAGGCCUUUGCCUCACUCACACCCCAUCCUGGCAGAGCCUGGCCCUGCCUGAGGCCCAGCAUUGUGUGUGUUUACCCAGGGAGCCAUGACAGAGAGCAGAGCCAAUCUUCUUUUUUAAAAAUAUAUCUUUACUGAUUUCAGAGAGGAAGGGAGAGAGAGGUAGAAACAUCAAUGAUGAGAGAGUCAUUGAUCAGCUGCCUCCUGCACGCCCCCUACUGGGGAUGGAACCCGGACCCGUCAGUCCCCCGGCCGAUGCUCUAGCCACUGAGCCAAACCAGCCAGGGCGAGCAGAGCUCAUCUCUAGGGGAGAUGCAUGCUUCUGUCAUCACAGGCCCCUUGAAGAAGAGGAAGGCCCCAAUCAUAUCCUCUUCCACUCCAUAUUGGAGGGAGUGGGAGACCAGCAGGAAGCAAAGCCCGUGAGCACACUCCCAGCCCACACGGACACAGCGCCCUCCCCAGCCCACCACACUGGGAUCCGCUGGGACCACAGCAAUAACCAGCCUGGUCUAGGUGUGCAGCCUCUGGGACGCAGAGGCCACGGUGUGGGCACUGGGACAGACAGUGCUCUCCCGUCUCACUCGGGUCCCAGCAGUGGCCUAGGGUCCUUGCUCUGCCUGCCCUUGUCCCUCCCCUCCCCAGCCUCUGUGCUUGUGCCUCUGCCCUCCGUGUCUCCCCUCGAGUGUGUGACUCGAUGUUCCCUCAUGCCCUCACCUCCCUUUCACGGGUGACUGUGAAGGAGGCCUCUCCUCUCUCGGCUGCACCCACUUGCAGGAGCCAGAGGACUGUGGAGAGGAGGGAAAGGGUGCCUUUCUGGAGGUGCCCCCCCAAACCUCCAUCUUCCACAACCACACUUCUGGGGUGAACAGGGUGACUUUGUUGCGUCGAUUCUUCUAGAGAUGGUGAAAUACUUUGUCCGUCCACCCACCCACUGAAAGCCAUAGCUUCCCCACCCUGCCUCCCCCCGACCCAGCUCUAUAGCAAUAGCCCUCUUCCCCCUUCCCUCCUGAACCCAAGGUGUCUAUCUGGGGAUCCCUAUCAGCCCUCCCCCCUGGGAUCCUCAGGUGACCUGCCUGCCUCUCCCCAAGGGACCCCCAUCAGCAACUUCCCACUCCUGUCCCUCUUCUAACAAGCAGAAAUAAUGACACUUAAUUGUUUGUGGGGGUGCUUGGAGAUCCCCCAGAUGAAAGGUUCUGAGUGCUGGGGCGGCUGACUCAACUCUCAGCCUGGGAAAGGAAAUAAGACAACCCUUCCCACUCCACUCAGCAAGCUGGAGGAGGGGCUGAGGCAGACACAGGGUUCCAAUUUUAACACAUUCCCUUUCCCCUCCCUCUCCUGGGCUAGAGACUUCCCUCCAUCUCUAGGCCCUGCCCUGGGUUUGGAACAAAACCCUCAGGGCAGCCGAGUGCGACUAGAAUCAGUGGCCUGCCCUUGGCUUCAAGGCGCCAAAGCUCAGCCUUGGGGCCUGGGAGAGGCCCUACCCUCAGCUUCUGGCCCUCCCCAUCCUCUAGCCUGGGGGACCCACCCUGCCAAAGGAAGACCCCCUCCUGCCAACCCCUGGAAUGCAUAGGUGACUAGAGGGGAAAGGAUCCUGUCUUCUCCCCUCUUCCUUACUGGGGGAGGAGCGUGUUGACAUGGACAGUCAGGGGCCCUACUGGGAGCUGCAGCCACUCCCCAAGAAUGGAGGGGCCCAGGAAGGAGGACUGCAGUAUGAGCAUCUGUACCCCUGCCUCCCCAUCUCCUCCCCGCAGUGGCCUGCAGUUUGGGGAGUCAGUUCAAGGCUGAAAUGGGGUGCGCCUUCCCCAAAUAAGCAGCAGAGUGGAGGCCUCCUUGUGGAGAGGAAGGAGGCCAGGGGUGUGGAGGAGCAUCUCAGGGCAGAGAGCUGGGGAUCUCAGCACUGGUCACUGAGGUGCCAGCCUUGACUGGGGGACGGGCAGGGCACAGGCUUCCUGCUCCAAACUCUGUUGGCUGUGCUUUUUAAUCCAAUGCUUUUCAGAGUGUAUUCACUCACCCACAGAAAUAGAGCCCUGUGCUUUAGGGGUGACUGUCAUAUGCCUUAUUCUUAAUAAAAUAUCUGAAAAAU